GCCGCGCCACUUAUUAGGCCGAUGGCGCCCACUGGCAAGGACCACGUCGGCCUCGCCACAGCGCGACGUUGCACCCAACCCUCCUCAGCGACGCGUAUCCGACAUGAGACUCACACUCGUCGCUUUCUUCUUUGCUGCGCUCUUUGGCCUGCUCGUCUCGGCCGACGCGCCGGAGCCUCCAAGUGAUCUCGAGAUCCAGACGACGUACAUGCCCGCGGAGUGCCCGGUCAAGGCGACCAAUGGCGACAUCCUGAAGGUCCACUAUACUGGGAAGCUCUUCUCGAACGGCAACAAGUUCGACUCGAGCUAUGACCGCAACAAGCCGUUCUCUGUGACUCUCGGCAGGGGCCAGGUCAUCAAGGGCUGGGAGCUUGGUCUCCAAGGGAUGUGCGAAGGGGAGCGGCGUACGCUCACCAUUCCCCCGCAUCUUGCCUACGGAAACCGCGCCAUGGGCUCAGCGAUCCCGGCCAACUCAGCGCUCGAUUUCGACGUCGAGCUCAUGGAGUUGGAUGCUCGGGGCAAACGCGACGAGUUGUAGACAGUCCCCGUUGAUGUCAGCAAUCAUAUGCGACAAUGCAACGCUACACCGGUGUUCCUCAAAAUUCUCGACACAUGAGAACCAGAUGGAAGCAAGGUACAUACUCUGUAUGUGUAAGUGCAAAGGUAUUCGGUCUGUACCUAGUUUCUGAGGCAAACCGUUGAUAUGGCAAAUGCGACCGACUCUUUGACGACA